GUUAUGGUGAUAUUGACAAAACUAUAUAGUUCAUAAUAUUUUGAUCGCCAUUUCUGUUUAAAUACUUAUGUCCAAAUAGAUAUGUACAGUUCAGUAACGGACACUGCAAGCACCUUAAAGCGGGAUAAUCUAGAACUAAAAAAGGAACUCGCCACAGUUCAAAAUGAGAACCAUCUGCUUAAAGUUAACGUUCGAAAGCUAUUAAGCGAACUUAAUAAACGAGAUCGACAGAUAGAAACAUUGAUUGACCCAAGCAAGUCGAAGUCUAUUAAGAAAAUAUUAUCCGAGAAGGGGGCAUCGAUGAUCAUAGCGUUGCGAAAUCGCAUCCAAAAGCUUGAAAAGGUUGUGACCGAGAGAGAUUGCACAAUACGUCGUCUGCAAAACGAUUUGCAAACUAAGAAAUUGUAUACAUUCAAAUCUGCAGAAAGAAAAAGACAUGGAUAUUCAUCGACCAAGUCUACCUCUGUUCCUUUUGCCGAUAUAUGCGACCUGGCAGACUUUUUUAGUCCGUUGCAGAACGAAAUUGACAAGUCAAUUGUCAAAAAAAGUAGCGGACGUUCAUUGUCGGCCAGUAGGAUACAGUCUUGCAAGAAAGAUGACUAUGGUUUAUCUAACAGCAAUAAUCUUGUGUCCAUGACUGAUAAUUUCAAAGAUAGUUUACAUUCAACACCAGUGUGUUGCAAUAUCCUCGAAAGUCCUCGAAGAGAUUUGAAGAGGUGCGAACUGCAAUGUGACACGCCUCACCCAGAGAUUCAACAGCUACAGAACUACUUUAUGGAAAUUUUGGGCGAAGUCGAUCAUCUUAAAGUCACCAUCGCGAAACUAAAAAACGAUCCAAAGAAAACCGUCACAACUUUGAUAGAGAACGAGUAAACACUACAAAAUUAGCUUAAAUUUAUGUAGGCAUUAGUGCAAACAUCUUGCAAAAGGAAACAAAGUAAUGCAUAUUGUUUGUAGUUGCAGUUGGUAACAUAAGAAACUUAAUUUCAAUAGGAAGUAUUUAUCAUCAUGUGUUUGAUGUAACAAACUUUUUUAUAGGCGGAAAAGUAGUGUGAAUUACAAGAGAGAUAAUUUGUUGCCAUAAUCGAACACUCUGUACCUUAUAUGUAAUGUAUUUGGUUUCUAAUUUAAACAUCGAGAUGUUAACAUGUAUACAAUGACCCUAUUAAUACCAAUGCAUUUCAUCAAUGUCAUAAUCAGCCCUGUGAUGUGUCAGUAGCGUUAAACUUAACGUGCAGGUCAUUAGCCAAAAAAUGUUAUUUUGCAUUAUUUAUGGCCGUCACCAACAAACUUAAGCGGAGCCUAGCUUAAAAUCCAUGACAACCAUUGUCGCAAUAAUCGUUGCCAUGGAUUUUAAGCUACUCUGCUUAAAUUUGUGGGUGCAAACGGCCAUGAAUAACGUUUUUUUACUGAUAACCUACACGUUAAGUUUAA